AUGCAACAUUUUCUGUCAAAAACUAGAAAAAUUUCCAUUUUAAAUGAAAUUAAAUGUCUCGAAGAGUCGAAUGUUAAUUCUAAUGCAAUUAAAUUUCCAAAACAUCAUAAGCAAAACAAACACAAUGCAUUUUCAUCAUCAAUAACAGAUCUAGAUGAACUUACAGUAGAUAACAUCGAAAAACAAAUUCAUGCUGCUUAUGAAUAUGCAACAACUUUUGCUGACAAAUUAGGAAUGUCUUCGCUUUUAAAAAAGAAAAAUGUUUUUCGAUUAAAUGAUUUGUGUUUGAAUAUUCGUCAUGUUUUAGGAAAAAUGAUUUAUUUAAAUGAUGAUUCUACAUUAGAUAAUGGUGAUAAUAGUGAUUCUGAUGAAGAAACAAAUUAUAAUUCAUCGACAUCAGAAGUAGACGACGAUAGUGAAUGUGAGGAUUUAGAAACAGAAAAUGAAUAUACACAAUCAACAAAAGAUGGUCUUGAUGAAUCAAUGACAAGUGAAAUUGAAGUUGAAUUUUUAAAAGCUCAAGGAAUUAAUAAUAUUCCUUCUUUGUUGUGA